AUGAGACGAUUUCUGAAAAUUUAUUCGGCACGGGAGGGUGCGAGAAGAUGGAUAGCGUUACCCUGGAAAUCUUCUAUUCCCCCCAUAAACGAUCGUUGUUGGGAAGGUAUUGGGAGUUUUGUUGUUCAACAGGCUCUGACUUCAGAUACAGGUCGUUUGGCGUUUGAAGAAUGCUCUGUUGCCAGACAACAGCUUGAAAAUAUUGUUCAAGCUGCAGGAUAUGAUGCGAAUGUUUUUGUAUUUGGUGGAUUGGUGGUCUUGGGUCUUCUAGAAGUAGGAGGAGAUGUGGAUUUCGUAGGUGUGAUGGACGUUGAGCCUGGAGUUGGGGAAGCAGGUGAAAUUGUUUCUCGUUUAUCGAGGGAAAUGCGGCGUCUUGGCAUGAAAAGUAGUGCGUUAUCAAAAGCUCGUGUUCCUGUUAUAAAGGUAGAUCGAGUAAGUAAACUGCUUCCUGGUACGCCGCUUCAUCACCUUUCGGCCUGUGGAUUGUUUCAAUUUACGCGCCAAUUAAAUGAUAAUGAAACGCAAUCCUUUAAAAAACGGAUGCAAGAGAAUUAUGCAGCCACUCGUGUUGACUGGAACAACAAUCAGCAGUUUGCAACAAUUGAGUUUAAGUCUACAACGGCACUUGUUUCUGCAUUGACACAGGUUCGGCGUCAUGAAGGAAUCGAUAUCCCUUUUCGUCUGCCGGUUGAUCCAAGAAAUGGACCGGAGCUUUACAGGCUUCCCUUUGAUUUUUGUUUCUCAUCUAUCGGUCUAAGGAAUUCUUACCUGUUGAGUAAUACUCUUUCACAUUAUGAAUUUUCCAGGCACUUACUUCUUUUGAUAAAAAAAUGGGGACGUCGUAGCGGGGUUAUUAAUUCGAUGGAUGGUCUUCUUGCGAGUUACGCCCUAACUGUUAUGUGUGCUCAUUUCUUGAUCAAGGUUGGUAAACUACCCAAAGUAUCCACGCUACGUUCCACAGACGAACCACAGCUUCUUCCAUUUUUUCCGGAGUAUCGUCCACUAAAUGAUGGUAAAGGUUUGGAUAUUGCAGAGCUUGGUUUUUUGACUGCAGCCUUUUUUGAGUACUAUGGUCAUAUUUUUGAUUAUGAAAAAAAUGUUGUUUGCACGACGAAUAUGAAUCUUCUUAAGAAAACGAUGCGCUGGGAAAAAUCCCCCGGUUUGGAAACUGGACGACCACCAUUUUUUGAGUUUGCCAUUAAGGAUCCAUAUGGUUUGGAUAAUAUAGGAAGAAACCUUGACAGAGAAGCCACAGAAUACGUUAAAGAUGCUCACAUUGCCGCCCUAAAGUAUAUUCUUGAUGAAAGAAACGACCCCGAGUUCACUAUCAAUAAUAUCACGCAAUCCCCACCACGACCACAAUGGAAAGAUCGCACGUUAGCAUCAAGGGGUAUUGCCUCUUCAAAUUGCUCGCCUGACCAACUAGAGGCUCAUCACAUGCUAAAACGGAUGGAGUUUCAUGAGCGCAGAAAGGCCAUGGAACGAUUUGGUCAACGAACUGUAAGAAGCACAGAGCAGCAGCGUGUUGUAUCAAGCGUUGCUAAUGACGUUCUUGGUUGGAUACGUAGCGACGACUCGCAACAAUAA